CUAUGGUGGAGGGGGUGGAACACACAAACAGCGAAAGGGAAGGCAAAGCAAUCAGAAGUAGAAGCUAUAGAAAGAGAAACGGAAACGUAGCCUAAAGCGGAACAAAGAGGAGGAGCUGUCGAGCAGCAGAAAAUCCGCAUCACUAACAGAAAAUUACGGAAAAAAUUGGAGCUAAACGGAGUUUAGGAUGAACAACGGAUUCAGCACCGGCGAGGAGGACAGUCGCGGCCACACGGACCAGACCUGCUGCCUUAUCGAUGACAUGGAGAGGUGUCGCAACCAGGCCGGCUAUGCCAGCUAUUCCAAGCGUAUCCAGAAAACGGUGGCCCAAAAGCGGCUAAAACUUAGUAGUGAUCCCAGUGCCCAGCACAUAUACAUCUGUGACCAUCACAAGGAACGCAUCCAAUCGGUGCGGACCAAGCGGAGGCGCAAGGACAGCGAGGACGAUAGCAACGAAACGGAUACAGAUCUGCACGAAUUCCCCGAUCUAUAUCAGUUGGGUGUUAGUACGCUGCGUCGAUACAAGCGCCACUUCAAGGUCCAAACCCGACAGGGCAUGAAGCGGGCGCAGCUGGCGGAUACCAUUAUGAAGCACUUUAAGACAAUACCCAUCAAGGAGAAGGAGAUUAUCACAUUUUUUGUGUACAUGGUCAAGAUGGGCUCGAAUAAGUUGGACCAAAAGAAUGGCAUUGGCAACGACACUACCUGAAGACGCAGGGGCGGAGGCCAGGUGGUCAGGUGGCAUAGAUUGGAGGAGGACGAUGCCGAUUCGGUCUUCUCAUUUUAAUGCCAACCCAUAGACCAACAACCGCCCGCCACCCACAAACGCUCAUAAUAUUGUUGCUGCAUUUGGUGUCGUCAUCGAAUACCGAGACCGAGAUGUCAGAGCAUUGUUCAUCUAUAAACGACAAGGAAACGAAUUGUGUGAAAAAAAAAUACUGAUAGCGAAAUGUCCUUUCCAUCUCACCCACUGCCCAUAAAUCUCCUUCCCGAUCACUUCCCAACAAAACAGAUAAGAUUACUAAUAACUUUAAAUUAUAAAAAAAAAUUGCAAUGUAAAACUAAACGAAAAAAAGGUAAAGUAAUGUGGCAACUGGUGCUCCCAAAACAAAUAAAAAAUAGUCUAAGUUUAAGCGAAAUAUUGUACAACAUAAAAGUAGCAUUGGUCUGUUGUUAAUAUUAAUAGAGCUCUUUACUGUAAACACUUUUACACUUAUACAUAUAUUACAUAAAAAAAAUAAACUAUGUAAAUUUACAAGAGAAUUAACA